AUGUUACGGGAUGUCUGUGUUGAUCCUGAUUAUAAUCGGUUUUGCCGCAUUACAUUUUUGAAAGCAGCUUUCAGAAAGCAACUGCAGAAGAAAAGGUGCCCAAUCUGUAAAGAAAUGGUAGCAUUUGGGAUUUAUCAACGACACGUAAAUUCUUGUGUCAGCGAUCCAGACGAUGAAGAAUGCAGGGUUUCAUUUUUUCUAUUCUUAGCUCAAUUUUUUGGUUAUUUUUGUUAUCACAUCGUUCGUAUUUUGGGUGAUGAGUUUGAUUUCGAGUUGGAAGAAGCACUGCGACUACUGCAAGCUCCCUGUUUAAAAAAUGUGGCAAAGAAAUUCAAAAUCAAUUUUUCUUCAUCUAAAGAGGAGAUCACUAUCAAAUUGAUUAGUAUGUCCAAACAGAAGAAUAUCUUUGGCUCACCUAUAAACUCAUAUUUCAGCAUAAAGGAAGAAAUGGGUCACUGUUACCGGCUGAGGGAGGAUGUUGAAAAAUUUUUCAACUGUGUUUUCACUUUAUUUUCUCCGAGUGAUAUGAAUUCUGCGUUGCUCAUUGAUGACCCAAACACAAACUUGGCUUCCCAGUUGCUGUUUCUUUUAUUGGAAGUGAGGCUAGAAAAAAUUCAUUUUAAAUUGAUGUUACUAAAUACACGGGGAAGUUUGUGGGACCGGUUAGCUUUGAAUUUGGAUUCUCACUUGAGGGACAAGGCAGACGCUUUUGAAGUUAUACAAACAGGGAUAGCGGAUCCUGAUAUUGGUGACAAGGAUAGGUUGCUCCUUCAGGUUAGCUUUUUGUGUGAAAUCGAUGUUUUAUUGGCAUAUAAUGAUGGGGCAAAUUUCUUAGUACAAAGAAAGAAUCUUGGAGAUCAGCGUACAAAUCAUUUUGUUACUCAGAGAAAUGGAGAAUCUUACCACUGUCCGGUUGAGCAAGUGGCUUUGAAUUAUUAUAUUAGCGAAGAAGGUUACAAGGAAGGUGUUCAUGCAGAGGGUGGAGUCUGGCACUUUUUUUACGGGCUUUUGUGCUAUGAUAUAAUAUUUGACCAUGAUGUUGGCGACGUCUGGUUUUCCGAAACACAGUGCCAUCCAAGUGACUUAAAUACGCGUUCCUUUUACACAACAAGGAGAGCGAGGUUUGAGGAGCGGUUUAAAAAGAUUGAAAGAACUAAGGUUGAAGAGCUUAUAAAUCUUGUAAUACCUGUAUACGAAGAGCACUUUGGCGAAACGAACAGUGAAAUAUCGUGGGAGUGUUUCACUAAUCUUGAUCAGAUUAAGGUUCGCUUCCUGCAAUGUUGUCCCCCACGGGUUUUAGCUGCUGUCUUCCGUCGAAUCACUACUGACUAUCGCAACUGUCGAAGUGGUUUUCCAGACCUUACUUUAUGGAACCACCUUACUAAGAAGCUUCUGGUCGCCGAAGUCAAGGGGCCAGGUGACAAGCUUUCAACGAAGCAGAUUUUGUGGUUGCAAUAUUUUAGAAAACACCGGGUCGAGGCUCAUGUAUGUCACGUAGCAGGUAGACCAAUUUCUUUUUAG